AUGGCCGCUCCGUCCUGCUCAGGCCGCCAGAUAUCCGAUCAUCUUUCCUAUCCGAACCCCUCUUUGGGCGACACGGUUGGAUUCGCAGCCUCAAACUUUGCUCCUUGCCAACCCGUCGAGAUAUCCAUGGCCUCUAGGCGUAAGAAACUGAUCCGCAAGGUCUCGAUUGUCACCAGUCUACUCUUGGGUCUUUUCCUCGCCACCCUCGAUACCUCUAUCGUUGCCACUUCUCUGAUCACCAUCUCUGAAGAGUUCAACGACUAUGCCAAUGCUCCCUGGGUCCUAUUGGCAUACCUCCUCACCUACAUGGGCUGCGCCGUCGGCAUCGCCAAAUUCAGCGACAUCUAUGGCCGCCGAACCCUCUUGUUUUACAGUUGGGCCGUCUUCUUGCUCUUCUCUGUCCUAUGCGCUGUCGCUACCAGCAUGCCAAUGCUGAUUGUUGGUCGAGCACUCCAAGGCAUCGGAGGUUCGGGUCUCUACAGCCUUGCCCAGACUUGUCUCAUGGAACACGGUCCCACCGACAAUCCGCCCCUCAUGGGUGCUCUCAUCGGAGCCACUCUCGCCAUAGCCUUUCUUCUGGGUCCUAUAUUGGGAGGUGUCAUCGUUUCAAAGAUCACCUGGCGCUGGAUCUUUGGUAUCAACAUCCCUCUAGGCAUUGCCUCCAUGUUCUGCAUUGCUUGUUGCUACCCUAGAGACCGUCGCGCAUUCACGGUGUUCUCACUGAGGGGCUUGAGGAAAAUCGACUUUUUCGGCAUGAUCAGUCUCUUCGCAGCUUCCGUCUUCCUGGUAUUCGCCGUCGAACGGGGCGGCUCUCCUCCAUACGGCUGGGAGCAUCCCAGCGUCAUCGCCAGCUUCGUCGUUUCCGGAGUCAACUGGAUCCUUUUUGGAACGAGCGAAGCUUACCUCUAUUUCAAGUACUGCCAGUAUCCUGACCAUGUUAGAUGCGUUCAUAUCGAACCCGUUUUCCCCGUUCAACUAGCCCUGCGCCGCCCCUUUAUGGGUGGCCUGGCCGUCACUUUCUUAACUGGGCUUCCAUACGUGGCUUUGACCGUCAUCAUUCCGGAGCGCAUGCAGGUCCUUGAGCAAGAAAACCCUCUACAAUCGGGUCUUCAUCUUCUUCCUAUGCUGGGCGCCUGCGCGUUGGGAUCGUUCCUCGCCGGAGCAAUCUGCUCAAGAUCCAACAAAUCCGCUCUCGUCAUGAUUGUCGCCUCAGUGGCACAACUCAUUGGUGUCAGCUUGAUGCUUGUUAUUUCACCCAUCGACUCUUCCUUUGUUCCUGCUUAUGGUUUCACUCUCAUUUUCGGAUUGGGUGUCGGUCUUGUCUUCGGCUCCGCUACCAUACUCUCCGGGGUGGAGACUGACUCGACCCGGGAUCAUGCCGUCGCCCAAGGAGCCUUGGCUCAAGCUCGCGCUCUCGGCAGCUGUCUUGGCGUCGCGGUCUGCACUGCUCUCUUUAACAAGCGCCUCAAUGCCUUGAACAAGCACCUUUCCCCGGAACAACUCGCAAUACUCUAUCAAACGCCCACCGCAUCUGCUUACUGGAACAAAAGCUUGCUGCGCCUUAUCCAGAACGUUUAUGCUGGUGCAUUCAGAGACCAAACAAUCUUCAUGAUCAUCACCUGCUCCAUCAUGAUGGUUGCCGCGGUCUUCACCUGGGAGAAUUCGCCCAAACCCAUCAGCUGCCUCGCCAGCCAUGCCCAAAUCGCCGAUAAGACAAGCAUGCGGCGCGGACCCGACAACGAUGACACCGAGAUGAGCGACAUGGGUAGUGUCCGUUCGGUCUGA